UGUGCUGAUCUCUGGAGGACUUUUCUCCUCUUUGAUAUUCGUAUCCAUUUCCCGUUCCAGGGCCUCUGGGUCAAUAUUGACCAUGACCAUAUUGAGUUCUUCAUUUUGAAUAACGACAUACAAUAUAUAUAUAUAUAUAUAUAUAUAUAUAUAUAUAUAUAUAUAUAUCUUAUUCUUUAAAGUAGCUAAGACCUCCAAAGGGAUGGGGACAUCUCUGUGGUAGGUUCCCAUUACUGGAUCAUUCUACCUGAUGGUGGUGAGAGAUGGUGUGACCUUCCUGUGUGGAGUCCCGGGAAUACAGAGGAGAGGGACAUCUCUCUGG